AUGGUAUGGACAGAGUUUUAUCGCAACCCGCGAUAUUUUGUCGCAAAGUGGGCACAGUGGUGCGAAUUGAUCAAGCACGACCAAGACGACGGGAAGCAAGACGACAACAAGGCGGAUGGCAGUGACGAAGGCUGCAGCGUGGAAGACAACUACGAUGAAUAUGAGCCGGAAGCCGACGAUUCUUCUCUGAUGUCCGUAUCCAAUCAUGUUGUCCAUCACAGCGGCUGGGAACUUGAGCCCAUCAGAACGAAGGCACACUACUACGACGCGAUCGACAACACCAUCGACCAGAUGUCUAGGGAUGUUGCCAAGGGCCUCCGACCAAGCCUUCGGCUCCCUGUAUGGACAUGUUCCACAGAAGAUCAUCUUGGCUUCUGGUCAAACACAUCAUCUCACGGCAGAGCUACAGAGGACCCCGUUAUCAACUUCGAGUCAGACUUCAUCUACGUCCAAAAGACGGGAUGGCCUCAGACACAGGCGUUGGUAAGCAAGCGAUACCUCAAAUGGAUGGGCAGCAUCCGCAAUGUCAUCAUCGACACCGAGGUCAACUUGCAGGCAGGAUCCGAGGACGAAGUAAGACGGGAGGUUGUGAAGGGAUUCACGAGAGAGAACUUAUGGCGGUGGAAAAUGAGGCGCUACCUGCCGAAUCUCAAGGUCAUACGGCGCGCGCUCACGGACAAGGCACCGCAGCUUCUUAACGAGUGGGCAUACUUCCAAACGAGGUACCUGCUUCGCGAGGCACACGACGAGCAAUGGCGGAGCAUUCGGCAUGACAUUGCAACGGACAACGGCUGGCUUCCCGGAAUGUGUUCGCCCAAGGAACCUCAACGGAAGCCAUUUCUCGAUAGGUUGCUGAGUAGUGAUGCCACAGUUAGAGGUGCUAUUCCGCAGGAUCUUACACUAGAAGACGACGAGGCUUUGGGGAGCAGGAAACUUUUUGGUGGAUUCCUUCAAGCCUUGGUCGAUGCAGACGCUGAACAGCGGUAG